AUGCUUUCACUCAAAGCAAUUUCCAGAGUAUCCCCUAUUUCUACCUCUUAUUUGGGUGUGACUCAAUUUGCCCGCUGCUCUUCCACCCGCAGCUUGCUUGACAUCAAGACUCGUGUUCUCCCAGAUGAUAGUUACGCCAAACACAAUGAUGAGAAGUACAUCACGCACCCAGCCUUUCCACACGAAAAAUGGACCGACGAAGAUUGCGAGGCUGUCACUUUUGUACACCGCAAGCCAGUUACCAAAUUGGAUCGUGUCGCUUAUAACGCUAUGAGCGUCUGCAAGUCAAUGUUCAACUUUGCUACGGGCUACAAAAAGCCAAUUACCCCCGAAGAGAAGCAGAGUCUCUUUAAGGGCACACGCUAUGAAAUGACCGCGAACAAAUGGCUCACUAGAGUUAUCUUCUUGGAAUCUGUAGCCGGUGUUCCCGGUAUGGUGGCCGCCUUCCUCCGUCACUUGCAUUCCUUGAGAUUGCUCAAGAGAGAUAAGGCAUGGAUUGAGACCCUCUUGGAUGAGGCAUACAAUGAAAGAAUGCAUUUGUUGACAUUCAUCAAAAUCGGAGAGCCUUCUAGAUUCAUGCGGUUUUUUGUCUAUAUGGGCCAAGGUGUCUUUUGUAACAUCUUCUUCUUCAUGUACUUGUUGUCUCCUCGCUAUUGCCACAGAUUUGUGGGUUAUUUGGAGGAAGAGGCCGUCAGUACCUACACUCACUUGAUUGAUGAAUUGGAGAAGAAGCAUUUGCCUGAGUUUGAGAAAAUCAGCAUUCCUUUGGUCGCUCAAAGGUAUUGGCCAGAACUCAACGAGAAGUCUACGUUUUUGGAUUUGAUUCAAAGAGUGAGAGCAGAUGAAUCCAAACAUAGAGAGGUCAACCACACUUUGGCUAAUCUCGAACAGAAGCUGGACCGUAACCCAUACGCCUUGAAAAUCAAAGAUGUUGACCAACCUCAGCCAGAGUACGGCUUGAAGAGCGAGAAAAAGGCUGGUUGGGAGAGAGAAGAUUUGAUUUUGUAA